GGCGCCCAAUUCCGCUUGAGUCAGGGCUGUUUCUUGUAGGUGAAGGACCCUGAAGGUCCAUCCGGCGCUGGAGAAGCGUCCUGAUGCUAUUUAUCUUCCUGGCCUGCGUUGGAGAGUCCGGCUCGGCUCCGCGCUCUCUGCAGGGUAGCAGCGUGGCUGGGGCUGAGGGUCGCGCGCUCCCAACCGGGGGUAGGCGUGGCUCCGUGGCGCUUGGGGAAGACGCGGGGCGGGCUCAGCAUCGGGGCUGAGAUUCUCGAGUGCUCUGUAAACGAGGGGCGGGGCUUCCCGCUCAUAGAGUGACAUCCAGGUGCUGCCUCAUGGAGAACCCCGCCGCCGCCGCCCCCGUCCCCGCGGAGGUGUCCCCCUUCUUGUUCCUGCUUCUGGCGUGCGGGACGCUGGUGACAGCCCUGCUGGUGGCUGCUCACAGACUGGGGCUUUUCUAUCAGCUGAUGCACAAGGUGGAUGAGACAAGCGUGCGGCACGGUGGGGAGAGCGUGGCUGCUGUGCUGCGGGCGCACGGCGUGCGCUUCGUCUUUACGCUGAUCGGUGGCCACAUCUCCCCGCUGCUGGUGGCUUGUGAGAAGCUGGGCAUCUGUGUGGUGGACACGCGCCAUGAGGUCACGGCCGUCUUCGCGGCCGAUGCUGUGGCUCGCCUGACAGGCACCGUGGGGGUGGCGGCAGUGACGGCAGGCCCUGGCCUCACCAACACGGUGACCGCGGUGAAGAACGCGCAGGUGGCACAGUCCCCCGUCCUGCUGCUCGGAGGAGCUGCCAGCACCCUGCUGCAGAAACGGGGCGCCCUGCAAGCCAUCGACCAGCUGUCCCUAUUCCGGCCGCUCUGCAAGUUCUGUGUGUCGGUGCGGAGGGUGCGGGACAUCGUGCCCACGCUGAGGGCUGCUGUGGCCGCCGCCCAGUCGGGGACCCCAGGGCCCGUGUUUGUGGAGCUGCCCCUCGAUGUGCUGUACCCCUACUUCAUGGUCCAGAAGGAGAUGGUGCCAGCCAAGCCGCCAAAGGGCCUCAUGGGCUGGGUGAUCUCCUGGUAUUUGCGGAACUGCCUGGCUAACCUCUUUGCUGGCGCAUGGGAGCCUCAGCCCGAGGGGCCCCUGCCCCUGGACAUCCCCCAGGCCUCCCCGCAGCAGGUCCAGCGCUGCGUGGAGAUCCUGAGCAGGGCCAAGAGGCCCCUGCUGCUGCUGGGCAGCCAGGCUCUGCUGCCCCCGACGCCUGCCAGCAAGCUUCGGGCUGCCGUGGAGACCCUAGGCGUCCCUUGCUUCCUAGGGGGGAUGGCGCGGGGGCUGCUGGGCCGCAAGCACCCCCUCCACAUCCGGCAGAAUCGCGGGGCGGCCCUGAAGAAGGCUGACGUUGUCAUCCUGGCAGGAGCCGUGUGUGACUUCCGUCUCUCCUAUGGCCGCGUCCUGAGCCGGCGCAGCAAGAUCAUCGUGGUGAAUCGGAACAGGGAAGAGAUGCUGCUGAACUCGGACAUCUUCUGGAAGCCCCAGGAGGCCGUGCAGGGCGAUGUGGGCUCCUUUGUGCUGAAGCUGGCGGAAGGCCUUCGGGGCCAGACGUGGGCAGCAGACUGGGUGGAGGAGCUGCAGGAAGCUGACCAGCAGAAGGAGCAGACUUACCGGGAGAAGGCAGCGAGGCCCGUAGCCCAGCAUCUGAACCCAGUGCGGGUGCUGCAGACGGUGGAGGAGAUUCUGCCCGACAACGCGUUCCUUGUGGUUGAUGGUGGGGACUUUGUGGCCACUGCUGCCUACCUUGUGCAGCCCCGGGGGCCCCUGCGCUGGCUCGAUCCUGGGGCCUUUGGGACUCUGGGAGUCGGUGCAGGGUUCGCCCUCGGGGCCAAGCUGUGCCAGCCGGAUGCAGAGGUCUGGUGCCUGUUUGGGGACGGAGCCUUUGGGUACAGCCUCAUCGAGUUUGACACGUUCAUCAGACACAAGAUCCCAGUGAUAGCCUUGAUAGGUAACGACGCAGGCUGGACGCAGAUUUCUCGGGAGCAGGUGCCCAGACUGGGCAGUAACGUGGCCUGUGGCCUGGCCUACACAGAUUAUCACAAGGCAGCCGUAGGUCUGGGGGCUCGGGGCCUGCUGCUCUCACGGGAGAAUGAGGACCAGAUGGCCCAGGUGCUGCGUGACGGCCAGCAGCAGUGCCAAGAUGGCCACCCGGUUGUGGUCAACAUCCUCAUUGGGAGGACGGACUUCCGAGAUGGCUCCAUUUCCGUAUAGUGCCUCCAGGGUGAGCACGCUUGGCUUCCUUCCUGCACCUGGACUGUGCCUGGCUGGUUUGGAGUCUCAUUCUUGCCUGCACCGGACCUAACCCACGAGACCUGGUGACCUCACAACCCUCCCUGAGCUGAGGGGGGACAGAGGAUCAAAGCACUCAGAGGCAUCUUGGCAGCCCUGGAGAGCUGCGGGCUUUUUGCCUCCACAGGCCUAACUGCACUAUCUCCCCUCUGCUCUUACAGACCAAAUAAACCACCGCUGGCCCUGUGGGCCCAAGGACUCAGUCACAGAA